GUCGGAAAAUAUCCCGUGGCGGAAAUACAACUAUUUUCCAUUAAGUAGUGUUAAAGUAUAUUGGAAGACAGUUUAAUGAGAGGAAUGAGCAAUAUAAGCUAUAGUUGGAGAGAUUCAGGGUAUUGACGGUGCAUGAGAAGACUACAUUUAGACAGGCAAAAGGCCUAGACGACAACAUAUUUCCCAAUGGCUGAGAAUAAUUUCCCUCCUCUGCCGCCAUUUAUUCCUCUGAAGCCAUGUUUCUACCAGGACUUUGAGGAAAUCCCAGAGCAGCACCGGAGCAUGUGCAAGAAAAUUUACUACCUCUGGAUGUUGUACAGUGCCACUCUGGUGGUGAAUUUUGUAGGCUGUAUGGCUUGGAUGUUCGCUGGAGGAGGAGUGACAAACUUUGGCAUGUCCAUCAUGUGGUUGAUCCUCUUCACUCCAUGUUCCUACGUGUGUUGGUUCAGACCUGUCUACAAGGCCUUCAAGACAGACAGCUCCUUCAACUUCAUGGCUUUCUUCUUCAUCUUCAUGGCUCAGGUUGCAAUCAGCAUCAUCCAAGCCAUCGGGAUUCCGGGAUGGGGGGUCUGUGGCUGGUUAGGCACUAUUGUCUUCUUUGGCACAAGCAUCUUCGCCUCCAUCAUUAUGCUCAUUCCUACCAUCAUGUUUACGGCCGUAGCGAUUUUGUCCUUCGUCGCUCUCACUACGGUUCAUAACCUGUACCGGGGCAGUGGAGGCAGCAUGAGUAAGGCUCAGGAGGAGUGGACUACAGGUGCAUGGAAAAACCCACACGUUCAGGAGGCCGCCCAACAAGCUGCCAUGGGAGCCACUCAUGGAGCCAUGCAGCCUCAGGAUCCGUCCAACACACCCAACUACAGCAAUCAGACGUUAAUACAAAAUGAAAUAUAAAGCAAACGCCAGUGCAGAGACUUGCCAAAAAGCAGGCCAGGAAUGUUGGCCGUCGCAUUACAGAUAGAUCACGACAGCUUUGGGCAGAGCUCUUCUGGAACAAAAUGUAGAUGGGUGUAUUCAGUUUGGAAUGCUAGUCUGAUUUCUGGUUCUCUUUAGUAGGAAAAACUGUGAUGGCUUGUAAUUGUGUGGUUCUUUAGCUCCUUUGUAUUUGGAUGGGAAAGCAGACAGAUUUGUAAUAGUCUCUUUCUUAGAGUUCUUUGUAUGUUGUAAGCUGGUUUUUAUUAAGUCAUAAGAGUCACCGAGGGAAAAAAAAUAUACACAAUUGUCUGUUGUGAUGUCACUUUAUGACUAACUUCAUUUGACUAAUGAAUAUAUGAAAACACAAUAUUUCAUAUAAUUAAGGUCCUAAAUUACUAAUUACUCUAAAUGUUUCACUGAAAUACUAUGAGAGGAGUAACUUUAGCGUUAACUGCAUUCACUUUCUAUUUUUAGGUCUUAGGUUUUUAGCUUUUGCCGAUAACUAACUAUACCAAUGUUAACUCAUUAAAUGUUUAGCAUUUUGUUGUUUAAUACUUAUCAUCCAGUUUGAAUGUAAGCGUAAUCCAAUCCGUGCUAGCUUUUGUGUUUUGUGCUCAGCAUAUCAUCCUAAACACUUCACCCAUUUCAGUUAUUCCUUGAAUAUGAAGUAUCUGAUAUUGGAUUUAUUAAAAUCUUAAUUUUGAUUAACCUUAUUUUAAACAAUUUACAAUAUUCUGUUAUCAUAU